AUGAGUGCUGCGAUAGCCCUAAUUCUGAUUUCCUUUCUCACAUGUCGCAUCGUACACAUCCUUGGGAGACAUUGUUGGAAGCUGACGGAGGAGAUGGGACUUAUGGUGGACCUAACACUGGCCCAUGAACUGCAGGAAAUGCCACCAAAACAGCUGGCACAGUGUGUGAUUGAUCAAGGAGGGACUGAGGGACCUGAACGGUUCCUGGACUUUGACGGAGACGAAGAUGAGCAAUGGACUUUGAGCAACACAAACAACAUAUUCAAUGAGCUGAGAUAUUGA